AUUUUUGCGCCCACAGUACCAUUACGGCAACGCAUGUCAACGCGUAUAACGCUAAAUUUGUUCAGCGUCAUAGCAUUCAAACUUUUGUAGAGUUCGAUUAAAGUUGAAACUUCCAAAUUCGAAAACGGAUCAGUUUUUCGCCGCAGCACAAAAAUGUACGCUGUCGUAUGUCGGUCAAUUGUCACACUUUGCGUUUGUUGGCAUUCGGUUAACGGGCAGCCACCAAUUACUAAACCCACGGUAUCGCUUUUUGCAGCAGCACCUUCCGGACUACACGACUUUUCCAAACUAGGUCUUCAAUCGUCAUCGGCUAGACCAAACGUGAUUGCCAUACCUAGUCGAACAGGUUACGGUAGAAUGGCAAUAAACAACGAAAUUGGAAACAAAUGUAAAAAUGUAAUAACCAAACUGAACGCCAAAACAUCAAUAUUAGAACUCGUUGAGCCGGACGAAAGUGAGUAUGAGAAUAUGGACAUUGUGGAGUUUCGCGAAAACCUUUUCAGUAUUCUCAAACGACAUUUAAUUGACUGUUUACGAAUGGACAAUACCAAUAAAACGUAUACACUAUCGAAAUUCGUCGACUUGAUAUCGAUCAAACAAAAUUUACUGAACAAUUCCGUUGCUCUGUUGCUCCAACAUAAACUCGACAUUAAACCGUUGAUGAGGCUGUAUUUAUUUUUUUGCGGUCCGAUUCAAGCACCGAACGACAGUGCCAAGUAUGGGCCGCGCAACGCCGUUGGACAAUUCGUUAUUAGUCACGUUCAAAAUGACAUGAUGAACAAGUUCAAAGACAUCAUAGGCGAUGCACCCCUUCCGGAUGGGCUGAGCGUUAUUCAAUCGGAAACAUUAAAGGAAAACACACGGCUGGAACUUUGGGGCCUGGCGACCGUCGCCAUUUCCAAAAUGGAGCCAAACGGUGGUCCGUUGAUGCGCGGCACUCCACUUCAUUUUACAUGCAUCGACAUACUGAAAUGGACGGCGUUGAUGGAAUCCGACAACGAAGAUGCCGUGAGAAUCCAACGAGUGAUAAUUACAGUCGAAGGCACAGCUAUUACAUUACGACAGUACGCUGAGAGAUAUAGAUACGAAAUAGAUAUCGACAAUCUGGAAGGGCUUAACUACGAGGUGUUAUUACGUCUUAACAAAGUAUUAUUGUAUUACGUGUACACGCAUUUUGGUUUAUCCACGAUCUUGAUCUAUACGCGACUUUCAAAACUAAAUCUGAAUAGCACGGACUUCGUGAAACCAUCUCAUGAUGGCAGCGUUGUUGGGCCUUCGAGGCCCGUUAAGCUACAGGAAAAAAGAAACAAGAACUUCGUAAUAUCAUUUUUGAUAGAACAAAUUGGAGGCCUACGGGCGUUCUUGGAAAUUUUUAAUCUAUUUUUUAUUCCUCGCUUUUUGAAGUACGUGUAUCGACCGACGGUACAAUCAAAGUUAACGGCCUUGAUAAGUUAUAUGGAUCGGUUCAGCGACAGCCCAGAGGAUACAGCACUAGAAAUGCAACAAAGUCCUGAAAAAAUAGUAAUCAAUAUAAAACAUUUAGUAACCGAUUUUGCUCUGGCCCUUUUGCCAGUCCUUAAGGUGGACGAACCGGAAAAAUGGAUUGAUUAUGUCAACGAAAUCGUUGCAGGAAAGUCGGCCGAUAUCAGUUCAGCCAUGGUAGAAAAUCAAGAAAACGCACUAUCAAUUAUGGUGGUAAGCUUGACGCAGUUAAAUCCCGAUUGGCCAGAUUUCAAGAAUCGGAACCCGAUUGAAUUUUUGAGGGCUACCAAAGAUAGUUAAGAUAAUUAACAAUUAUUUAAUCAGUAAUUAAUUUGUAGUAAAUAUAAUAUCAAAACUAAUAUUAUGUAGAUUUUUAAAUUCUUAUAAUUUUAAUACUUUAAUAGUUGCUACAAUUGUGUACGUAGCAAACA